UUGUGGUCCGUAUUCCAAUUACAGGUGAAUUUCAAACAAGCCCUUGGUGUUACCUCGAUUUUGCGGCAAGCCUCUUCAGCAGACUGCCGCCGAACCAGCGACACAAGAUUCGCAAUCUGCGUUUAACCCUGUACCAGCCUCAGUCAACCUUCUCUUCCUUUCUUCCUUUCUAUCGGAAAGGUGAACUGAACCAUGCCGGAUGUGCAUUCCAUUGUCAAUGAGUUUGCAAACAAGCUUAGAAAACGCAAAAUUGAGGGCUCAAAGGCCACCUCAAAACAGACAGCUGAGCUGCUUCGUUCUGUAAUUUCGCAGCAGCGAGUACCUCAUACUAACCAGGCUGGGGCUCUUAUCAAUGCCAUAAGCGCUGUGGGAGAGCAGUUAAUUGCAGCGAAUCCUGUGGAACUUGCUGUUGGUAAUAUUGUAAGGCGAAUUUUGCACAUAAUUAGGGAGGAAGAUCUGUCUUUAGCAACAGCUGGUAUAGGUGGGUUGAAUAUACCUGGAAGUGAUGAUGAAUUCGAAGAUGAGCAAUAUGAUCCUGUUUUACCAGCAGCAGCAGCAGCUGCUGCUGCUAGAAGCACUUUACGUCCACCUUCCUUGCAGACUCUUCUUGAAGAUGUCCCCCACUCUGGAGCUGCUCCUCACACUUCUUCAUCUGGAGUGGAUUCUGAAGGAAAAAGCAAAUCUGCUGAUAGGAGUUCAAGAAGUAAAACGCUGAAGCAUAAUGUCAUUGAGGCAGUCAAUGAACUUAUUUUAGACAUUAGCACUUGCCAUGAGCAGAUUGCGGAGCAAGCCGUGGAACAUAUUCAUCAUAAUGAGAUCAUAUUAACUCUUGGAAAUUCGAAGACAGUUGUUGAGUUUCUCUGUGCUGCAAAAGAGAAGAAAAGAACUUUUCGGGUAUUUGUUGCUGAAGGUUCUCCAAGAUAUCAAGGGCAUGUUCUUGCAAAAGAGCUGGUUUCCAGAGGAUUACAGGCAACAAUAAUUACCGAUUCUGCAGUUUUUGCAUUGAUUUCUAGGGUGAACAUGGUUAUUGUAGGAGCUCAUGCUGUCAUGGCCAAUGGUGGAGUUAUAGCACCUGUUGGGUUGCAUAUGGUUGCACUCGCUGCUAAAAAGCAUGCUGUUCCUUUUGUGGUGCUUGCUGGCAUUCACAAGUUGUGUCCCCUGUAUCCUCAUCACCCAGAGGUGUUACUGAAUGAGCUGAAGUUUCCAUCUGACCUUCUGGACUUUGGAGAAUUCUCAGAUUGCAUGGACUUUGGGACUGAUUCUCGCUCCCCUCUGCUUCAUGUUGUCAAUCCUGCAUUUGACUACGUGCCUCCCAAGCUUGUUAGUUUAUUCAUUACUGACACGGGAGGGCAUAAUCCUUCAUACAUCUACAGGCUGAUCGCGGAUUAUUAUUCGGCUGAGGAUCUGGUGCUGCAAAGGAGACCGAUUUCUUCUUCUUAGAUUUCAGAGCUGUCUUUGCCCUUUAUUUAUCUUUUUUAUGUAUAUUUGAAGUAAGUCAUUUACUCGGUGAGAUCGAAAUGGGCAUGAUCUAAUCCUGUUUUGUAGUUUUUGGGUGUGAACCAUAAGAAGUUUAAAUGUCAGUAAGAAAUUACUGAUGAAUCUUACCUGCCUUGUCACCAAAUUAUGUUUUUUUGCUUGUUUUUUUGGGGGUAUUUUUUUAAAGGUAUUGGGAGGAUUAUAACCAGGCUAUUUUGUGCAAUCUCUUACAUAAUUACAAUCUAAGUGGAAAUUCUCCCUUUUGAAAGUGAUUUUAUUAUUUAUUAUUAUUUGGUAUAA